AUGGAGAAGAUGAAGAGGUUUAAGCGGCGUCUGUCCCUGACUCUGCGCUCCAGCCACACCAUAGACGAGUCUCUGUCUGAACUGGCCGAACAGAUGACCAUCGAGGACGGCGGCAACAAGGACAACGGUCAGUAGGUGUGUGUGUGUGUGAGUGAGUAUUAUAGAUUGUAUUAGUAAACAAACAGAGCGCACACACACUCCAGAGCUCUGUGCCAGUCCCAGUGAUUAGAGACUGAUAAUGUUACUAUUUUGAAGUGAGUCUUGACUGAAUGCCAGUAGAGAAGGAUACAGCCAGCCAGUGGACACACAUUAGGGCCCUUUGGUCGCCCCGAGGAUACAGUUGAAAUGUUUGAUGUAGCUGGCAGCCAACAGUAUCCUUUCUUGCCUUCUGAAGUGAUUUUAAUAUGAUGGCUAAUGAGAGUUUGGUGUGCCAAUGGCCUGAGGGAGACCGAGAGAACGGGUGAGAGACACAUAGAGGAAGAAAGAGAGGGAAAUUGACACACAGUGAAAGCGAGAGAGAGCAGCAGUGUGAAUGAUCGUGUCCUAGAGAGGAGCUCUAUGUCCUUAUGUAACAACAGAAGCAGCCUGGUGGGAUGAAACACCUACUGGGGCACACACACACAACGCAGGGAGACGGCAGGUGAUGCUGCCACAAUGUUUGUGGAAAAGACAUCACACAGAGAAGGAAAACACUCACACAUAAACAGACGUUUUUAGCUAUUGAAGUAUGAAGCUAAAAUCCUCUGACCUACUUUAGGUUGCAUAAGUGUUCUUUUCUACCCUUUUUAUAUAAAACAUAACGAAACAAGGAAGCACUCUGUUUACUGAAUUCUGCUCAACAGAAGACAGAACCGUAUAUGAACUACUUGUACAAAUGACUGAUUGAUUGAUUGGUAGAUUGCGUGAUGAAUCGGAUAGAUGGAUCGAUAGAUGGGCUAAUUGAUUGACAUAUUGGCUAAUUGAUUGACAUAUUGUUUCUCCUUGCAGAGCCGAUCGUGCGUAAUGGGCGACCACCCUCCUCCCACAGCAUGCACUCGUUCCUGCACCAGUACACUGGCUCCUUCAAGAAGCCCCCCCUCCGCAGGCCACACAGUGUCAUCGGAGGAAGCCUGGGAUCCUUCAUGACCUUCCCCAGCAAUGGCAGCCGCCUCGGUGAGUUACACAGAGAGAGAAACAAACACACACAGACUCAGAGAUGCAUGUAUACACUAACGGCACACAUGCUUGCACACACACACUCAUACAGUGGGGAAAAAGUAUUUAGUCAGCCACCAAUUGUGCAAGUUCUCCCACUUAAAAAGAUGAGAGAGGCCUGUAAUUUUCAUCAUAGGUACACGUCAACUAUGACAGACAAAAUGAGAAAAGAAAAUCCAGAAAAUCACAUUGUAGGAUUUUUUAUGAAUUUAUUUGCAAAUUAUGGUGGAAAAUAAGUAUUUGGUCAAUAACAAAAGUUUCUCAAUUCUUUGUUAUAUACCCUUUGUUGGCAAUUACACAGGUCAAACAUUUUCUGUAAGUCUUCACAAGGUUUUCACACACUGUUGCUGGUAUUUUGGCCCAUUCCUCCAUGCAGAUCUCCUCUAGAGCACUGAUGUUUUGGGGCUGUCGCUGGGCAACACGGACUUUCAACUCCCUCCAAAGAUUUUCUAUGGGGUUGAGAUCUGGAGACUGGCUAGGCCACUCCAGGACCUUGAAAUGCUUCUUACGAAGCCACUCCUUAGUUGCCCGGGCGGUGUGUUUGGGAUCAUUGUCAUGCUGAAAGACCCAACCACGUUUCAUCUUCAAUGCCCUUGCUGAUGGAAAGAGGUUUUCACUCAAAAUCUCACGAUACAUGGCCCCAUUCAUUCUUUCCUUUACACGGAUGAGUCGUCCUGGUCCCUUUGCAGAAAAACAGCCCCAAAGCAUGAUGUUUCCACCCCCAUGCUUCACAGUAGAUAUGGUGUUCUUUGGAUGCAACUCAGCAUUCUUUGUCCUCCAAACACGACGAGUUGAGUUUUUACCAAAAAGUUCUAUUUUGGUUUCAUCUGACCAUAUUACAUUCUCCCAAUCCUCUUCUGGAUCAUCCAAAUGCACUCUAGCAAACUUCAGACGGGCCUGAACAUGUACUGGCUUAAGCAGGGGGACACGUCUGGCACUGCAGGAUUUGAGUCCCUGGCGGCGUAGUGUGUUACUGAUGGUAGGCUUUGUUACUUUGGUCCCAGCUCUCUGCAGGUCAUUCACUAGGUCCCCCCGUGUGGUUCUGGGAUUUUGUGAUCAUUUUGACCCCACGGGGUGAGAUCUUGCGUGGAGUCCCAGAUCGAGGGAGAUUAUCAGUGGUCUUGUAUGUCUUCCAUUUCCUAAUAAUUGCUCCCACAGUUGAUUUCUUCAAACCAAGCUGCUUACCUAUUGCAGAUUCAGUCUUCCCAGCCUGGUGCAGGUCUACAAUUUUGUUUCUGGUGUCCUUUGACAGCUCUUUGGUCUUGGCCAUAGUGGAGUUUGGAGUGUGACUGUUUGAGGUUGUGGACAGGUGUCUUUUAUACUGAUAACAAGUUCAAACAGGUGCCAUUAAUACAGGUAACGAGUGGAGGACAGAGGAGCCUCUUAAAGAAGAAGUUACAGGUCUGUGAGAGCCAGAAAUCUUGCUUGUUUGUAGGUGACCAAAUACUUAUUUUCCACCAUCAUUUGCAAAUAAAGUCAUUAAAAAUCCUACAAUGUGAUUUUUGUGAUUUUGUUUUUCUCAAUUUGUCUGUCAUAGUUGACGUGUACCUAUGAUGAAAAUUACAGGUCUCUCUCAUCUUUUUAAGUGGGAGAACUUGCACAAUUGGUGGCUGACUAAAUACUUUUUUCCCCCACUGUAUGCACGCACACACACUCAUUCAAAGAUGCAGGCAUUUUCACUAAUGACACACCCACUAGCAGCACCACUAUAAGCAGCCUGUUCUCGUUCAUGGCCAUGCCACCCGGUCGCCACCCAGCUGCCAGGGUGAGUUGCCGUGGAGACAGGCAUUCUCGCACCAGGAAGUGACUGAGAAAGAGCAGAUGGCGACAGGGGACAAACAGGAAGUGUGUCAUAGACCCUGAGUGUUCCGUCCUGACACGGUCAUGGUGUGACAUUUCAUCCCACACAACACCAGACUCGUCUGUCUCUCCAUCUUUAUCUCUAACCUUCCUCUCAAUAAAAGUAUUGUUGUAUGAGUCAACCUUUCUCAUUCUACACUGUGUGUUUGUGCAGGUUUAUAUUUGCUUCUAAAAGUUAGAUGUUUGUGUGCGUAUGUGAUUCAUACAUUUGUGUGUAUCUGAGGACAAACGUCUCCCCUGCAUGUUCUCUGAGCCAUCACCAUGACGAUAGCUGUUCCUUGCUGUUCUCUGGUCUCCAGGGUGAGCCAACUAUUAUGGUCUGCGGUCUUGUCGAUAAGUUUUGAUUAAGCGCUUCUCCUCAGACUGAACUCUGUCCCAGUUAGAGUUACAUUUGGUUUGGGGAUAUUGGGGGGAACAGACAACCAGGCAAGUCUAUCUGGGACAAGAUGGAACUAGAUUAGAACACACUGUCACACUAUGUUAUAUGCCUGUUUAGCUCAAAGAACAGAGUGGGAGAGAAGAAAUAGGGCCAAAGAGAGGGAAGAGAGUAGAGUUGGAAAGAACAGAGGGGUAUUUGGUAGACAGAGAAUAAGAUAGACGGAUAGAGAGAGAAGCAGAAAGGAGGGAGAGGGAGGUGAAGAUGACAGUAGUACAGUGUGCUGGAUGAUAUGAUGACAGGCUGCAGGGUUGGAGGUGUUGACACAAUGAUGACAGAGAGAAUAUGUGCCAGCACACUCAGAUACAGCUACUCAUUAACACUGUGUGUUUGUGUGAAUGCAUGUACAGUGCUAUGAAAAAGUAUUUGCCCCCUUUCUAAUUUUCUCUACUUUUUCAUAUUUGUGAUACUGAAUGUUAUCAGAUCUUCAACCAAAACCUAAUAUUAGAUAAAGGGAACAUAAGUGAACAAAUAACACAACAAUUACAUAUUUAUUUAAUAAACAAUGUUAUGCAAAACCCAAUUCCCCUGUGUGAAAAAGAAAUUGCCCCCUUACACUCAAUAACUGGUUGUGCCACCUUAAGCUGCAAUGACUCCAACCAAAUGCUUCCUGUAGUUGUUGAUCAGUCUCUCACGUCGCUGUGGAGGAAUUUUGGCCCACUCUUCCAUGCAGAACUGCUUUAACUUUGUGUGUGUUCGUUAGUUCACCCCCCCCACUACGCACCGUGAUCUAGACCAGAGGCUGUAGUUUUAGUUUUAUGACUCUGGAGGAAGCAGUUGGUUAAAUUGUUUAAUCUUUGGCCUGUGGGGUGAGAGGGGGAAGGGGUGAGAGAAGGGGAGAGGGAGAGAGAGACUGCAGGAUGAUUAAAGAAGGGAACUUGAGAGAGGUUGUAGGGUCGGGACCAGGCCAUAAACUGUAACUGUUGACAGAAUGAGAGAGAGCACUCCUUCUGUCUCUAACUAAUUCUCUCCCAUUCUUACUAAAAACAGCAGACUAGUGACUCAAUUUGACACAAGCUAUAGCAAUUCCUUGCCAUGUUUAUCUCAUAGAAGAUCAUGAGUGUCAUUUGCCAGACAAAAUGUUGAAAUUGAGCAUGUUCAGCUUCUAAACUCUAACUCUUCCUCCCUCUUUCUCCUCUUCCACUCUUCCUCCCAAGACAUCGUCCAUGAGAACCUGAAGAUGGGCUCAGACGGGGAGAGUGACCAGGCGUCUGGGACGUCGUCAGACGAGGUGCAGUCGCCCAGCGGGGUGUGUCUGAGGAAUAGAGUGCAACGACGCAUCUCCAUGGAGGUACACAAACACACACUCUUCACUCUAUGACGGAGUACUCCCCAACCCCCACCACCAAUCCCUGUCUCUCGAUAAAGGAACUACACCUCUCCCUGCUCCCCAUCUCUGUCCUCUUCUCUUUCUCUACGAGGCUUUCACUGUCUGACUCUGAAUACUGAUAUGAAUCCUGUUGCCCAAGGACCAGAGAGAGGAGGAGGGUAGAGAGAUGGAGGGAAAGAGCGGGGGAGAGAUGUGGAGGGAAAGGGAGUUAUGGAGGUAGUGGGAUAGAUAAAGGAAGAAAGAGGGAUGGAGGAAGAGGAGGGUUGAUGGCAGGCAGGGUGGAAAGUAUGAGCUGGUUCAGGCCACUAACAGUUAAACAGACUGGCUGACUGACUAAUGGAAUGUUGUCAUGCGACAGUAAUCUGUGACACGCUUGGCCUCUGACUGUUGAGAUUCCAGACGAUCCCCCGCCACAUAGCUGGUCAACAAUCCUGAGAGGAACCUCGGACAGGGAGUGGGAUGGAGACAGGGAGAGAGACUGCUCCACUUAGCUCAGCAAGAACCUGGGAUUUAAAGAGGGACUGCCUUUAAAAAGUAAGGAAUCCCUUUGAAAACGUACUGAUGUGGCAUCAGUAUGAGUCAGAAACAGUUAUUCUAGUGUCAAAAUUUACUACAAAGUGUAAAAAGGAUCAUUCUGGUCAUAAAGUCAGUCUCGUCCAAAACGGAGUUUGGAACAUCUGUGCGUCACAACGGGUAAAUGGAGGUUGAGUUUUAAUUUGAAGAUGAGCAUUUGACCACUAACAUGGGGUGAACAGCUGCGGUGAUUGCUCUCUAUCCAAUACCACAGACAGUGAGACAGACCUGCCCAGCAGCUCCACACAUUGGUUAGAUGUAAAAUUGCACAAUUAAAACAUCCUCCGCAGCAACUUUAAUUACAGAUUUCUUGAGUUAUCUUAGAUUCAUUCUGGAGAUUUUGAGGAAGUGAAAUAGGCUUCCUCGUCUACAGUGUCUCAUGGGGGACAAACAUCUCCAAUACUGAUCUCUUGUUUUUCUAAUGAGCGACAGAAAAACACAAGUGCCAAUCGGCGUGUUCUCAGUCGCUCUUUAAGACUGGGGAUGUUUUUCCUUUCCUCUCUGUGUGACUCGUUUUUGCUUUUUUCUAUGUGUGUGAAUGCUGUGAAGUUUGACUUUAGUUCCUGGUGUCCCAUGGACUAUUCGAAUUUAUACUAUGGAUAAUAUAUUUAGUGCAGGUUAAUGCUAGUCUCACUGGUUCUGUUGACUGAGUUCCUCUAGAAUCACUGGUAGGAAUGCUGUUUCCUCAGCCUGGUGACACUCUGCCACCUGGUGGUCAGUCUGGAGAAGUGUAAGCAGUACUUGACUACCUGUAUAUCAGUAUUAUGGUAUUACACACACACGGAUUGACCUUUUUCUCCUCGAUGCCAAGUGUUUAUUUUAGCAGUCUAAGCAGAGGCACAAGAGGUGCUUGAGCUUUAGAUGGUAAUCAUCAGACAUAUCUGAAUAAUCACACACACACACACGUCAUCUCAGUUACUACAUCUAACCAGAUUCACACACACACACUCAUGUGGGUACAUGUCAUUCUGCCCAUUUGUUCCCUUUGAAGCCAAGUGUUUGGGGUUAGUAGGCUGUAACAAUACACUGAUUCAUAUCACUAUCUAUAGAGAGAACAUCUCUUUUGAUCUGUUUCUAUGGGGGGAGAGAUCGCAGGCGGUAUACACGUGUGUUACAUGAUAUCUAUGGUGGGUGUGUUUUUGUGUCAAUAGUGUGUGAAGAUGCUUGUUUGCUUACCUAUGUUGUGUUUGUCUGUUUUUGUCCGUUUUGUGUUGAGUGUGUGUAGGCAUGUAUUUGAUGUGCAUCUGUGAUGCCAUGUUUUCUCUUCUUCAAUAACGAUUGUUUUCAUGUCUGGAUUAUUUUUGUAUAAGCACCUCUAUUCUUCUGUCUCUCUUGACUGUGUGAGGAGGAGUGGGAGGAGAGGAGAGAGUCAUUUCUAGGACAAAGUGUGUGGGUGUAGUCAUGGAGCUUUCUGCUGUCUACAUGUCUCUCACACACACACACACACAGACAGACGCAGUAUUCGAUAGGACUCAUGAUAUAUGUGUAUGUUGCAUCUCUAACUCAAUUUGGUGUAUGUGUGUGUGUAGGACCUGAACAAGCGUCUGUCUCUGCCUGCUGACAUCCGUAUCCCUGACGGUUACCUGGAGAAGCUGCAGCUGAGCAGCCCUACCUUCGACCAGCCCCUGAGCCGACUCUCCCGCAGGGCCUCACUGGUACGUGUGUGUGUGUGUGUGUGUGUGUGUGUGUGUGUGUGUGUGUGUGUGUGUGUGUGUGUGUGUGUGUGUGUGUGUGUGUGUGUGUGUGUGUGUGUGUGUGUGUGUGUGUGUGUGUGUGUGUGUGUGUGUGUGAGAGAGAGAGAGAGAGAGUGAGAGUUGCCCUAAAGUGUUCAGGUACCGCCCUCGUGUCUGGUUGUCUCCAUGGCAACAGGCAUGAGGUUGAAUUGGACUGUCUGUAUGUAAUCUUGUGUAGUGAAUGAAGGUAUCCUGUACAGACUUCAUUCAACACAGAGAAAAAGACGUAAACAACACGAAAGAUGAUCUCUCUGUCUUUAUUCUGUUUUUCAGUCGGAGAUUGGUUUUGGGAAGCUGGAGACCUACAUCAAACUGGACAAACUGGGAGAGGUCAGAGAACACACACAAACAUACUCCUAUAAACUCAGAAAACAACAUGUUUUUCACAAGAGGUUCCCAAACGUUAUUUCGUUUUGACUCCGGUCAUAACCAGUUAGUCUUUCUAUAGGGGACCUAUGCUACAGUGUUUAAGGGGCGCAGUAAGCUGACUGACAACCUGGUGGCGCUAAAGGAGAUCAGGCUGGAGCACGAGGAGGGAGCACCCUGCACCGCCAUCAGAGAAGGUGAAUCUAUACCUCACUACCUUUCCUCCUCUAUCACUUCAUCUUCCUCUCCCCAUUACUGAUUUCAAUGCUAACUUCAAUUUUUUCUCACUCUUCACUCUCUUUCUCAUUCACUAUUGUUCCUCCUCUUUGUCAAUAUAUUACCCCUUUCCUUCUCUCUCUCCAGUGUCAUUACUGAAGGACCUGAAACAUGCCAACAUCGUGACCUUACACGACAUCGUCCACACAGACAAGAGCCUGACGCUGGUCUUCGAGUACCUGGUGAGAAUCACUUACUUCCUCACUCUGCUCACACUGCAUGCUGGUCUUUGUAGUCAAAUAUCUGCCCCAAUUAUCGGAGGUGUUUGUUGUCCUAAGUAGGCUGUUGUACAUGUACUUCCUGUCUGACUGACUGUUGACCUCACUUCCUGUGUAGGAUAAGGACCUGAAGCAGUACAUGGACGACUGUGGGAACAUCAUGAGCAUGCACAACGUCAAGGUGAGUAUGACCAAGACUAAUGGCCUAGCACUCACUGUACUGUAAGUCACUUUAGAUAAAAAACCCUGCAUAAUAGUGGUUAACAUUGCAUGUGUUGUUUGUACGGUUCUAGAUCUUCUUGUUCCAGAUCUUGCGGGGGCUGGCGUACUGCCACAAGCGGAAGGUUCUCCACAGAGACUUAAAGCCCCAGAACCUGCUCAUCAACGAGAGAGGGGAACUCAAACUGGCCGACUUUGGUCUGGCGCGGGCUAAGUCUGUCCCCACUAAGACGUACUCCAACGAGGUGGUGACUCUGUGGUACCGGCCACCUGACGUCCUGCUAGGCUCCUCCGAGUACUCCACACAGAUUGACAUGUGGUAAGAACACUACAUCCUAACAAGCUACACCAAGGGGAUUCAAAUCCUACACUGGAGGUCCGGAGUACUGCUGGUUUUCUGUUCAACCUGAUAAUUCAUUGCACCCACCUGGUGUCCCAGGUCUAAAACAGUCCCUGAUUAAAAACUGCAGUGGAACUGGCUUCGAGGUCCAGAUUUGAGGGCCCUACACCCUUACACCCUAGGAACUACAACCACUUCAUUCAGUGUAUUUUACACAUAAACUUUUAGUAAGAGCUAUACAUCAUAAACCCUUCAUCCUAUUUCCUAGGAUAUAUUCUCGUGUGUGUGUGUGUGUGUGUGUGUAUGCGUAUCUGUGAACAAGCUGUGUGCAUGUGUGUAAUGCUCUCUCUCUCUUUCUCUCUCUCUGCGUGUGUGUAGGGGUGUGGGGUGUAUAUUUUAUGAGAUGGCUGCAGGUCGGCCCCUGUUUCCUGGCUCCACCGUAGAGGACGAGCUCCACCUCAUAUUCAGACUGCUGGGUGAGUACAGAGUACACCCUGAUUGGAUUUUACAGCCUAACUAACCCACUGACCUAGCGCCACCUAGUGUCUGCUACAGGGACAAACACACACUAACACAACCACAGAACUCUCUAAAUAAGCAGGAAAUUCCUCAGACAUGGUGAUGAUGAUGGGGACAUUACUUGAGCGUUAACUAAACGUUGAUAGAGUGUUAUCUAAAGACUGGCCCCUCUCUCUCUUAUUUCUUCAGGCACGCCAUCAGAGGACAACUGGCCAGGGAUCUCUGGCGUCGACGAGUUCAAAUCCUACAACUUCCCCAAAUACAAACCUCAGCCCUUCAUCAACCACGUACCCAGGUACCGUGUGUUAGUGCGCGCGCGCGUCAAUGAGUGUGUGUGUGUGUGUGUGAGUGUGCACGUUUCUGUGUGGGUGUGUGAAUGCGUAUCCGUGAGUGUGUUUAGUCAGUGCAGGAGGCAGGAAAUCCUGUGGAACUUUAGUGAAGCAACUCUCCUUCCUUCCUCUGACCCACCAAGUUCCCAUCAGUCACCACCAACUGAUAGUAAACCCUGUGAUUCCUGAGCUCUCUCUAACUCUAACUCUCUCCCCCCUCUCUCUCUAUCUCUCUCCUUUUCAGGUUGGACACAGAAGGCAUUGAACUGCUGUUAUCAUUUCUGAAAGUGAGUUUCUCUGUCUACAUUUUUAACACUGGCAUGCAGUACUUAUAAUGAACAACAGGGGGCACAGUAGUCACUUCUGCCUUACUGAUUCUGUUUCGUUGUUGCUGUACUGUCAGUGUGUUAACUGUUGGUCUCCCUCCUCUCCAGUAUGAGUCCAAGAAGAGGAUCUCAGCAGAUGAAGCUAUGAAGCAGGCCUACUUCAAGAGCCUGGGGACACAGGUCCACACACUGCAUGAGAGUGAGUCUCUAAACCUGGGGAUGAUCAGUACUGGUCUAGUCCUCUGAAUGGCCAGGAGAUACACUCACACAUAAUUACAAUCCUCUCUCUCGCUCUCGCUCAGGUAUAUCAAUAUUCACUCUGAAGGAUAUCCAACUGCAGAGAGACCCUGGCUAUCGGAACUCCUCACACCUAGAGUCAGGUGUGUAAAACACGAACACACACACACGCUCCUCUUCUUACCUGGAGCUUCAUAACUGUUAUGACAUACAUAGAACCCUCUCUCUCUCUCUCUCUCCCCCUCCCUCCUUCUCUCUUUUAUUCACUCCAUCUUUCCAGGCAACAGCAAGAACAGAAGACAGAGCAUGCUCUUCUAGACUCUCUGCUCCUGGGACCUCCAGGGUGGAGCUCGUUCCUGUUGCUAUAGUAACUGGCUCUCGCUUGAGAUGAGACUGAACGGGACAGAGCCCCCUCCCCCUUCUCGCAUGAGCCCCUCACCCCUGGACAGACCUCCCCCCUCACCCCCUAGAGAGCGAGUGAGUCUGGAGUUGAUUGGGGAGGGAGAGAUGAACUACGUUUAUUUAUUUGAAGAUAUGGAAGGGGGUUAGGGGGGUAUAUUUUGCUGCUAAACUACUACUGUCUGUAUUUAACACGCAGUUUGUGUAUAUGAUGAUGUGAACUCAGACACCAUGCACAGCCGACCAGUCGCGAAGGUUACUAUUGUUAUUGUUAUGAAAUAUGAAUUAUGGUUAUUAUGAUUCCACUGAUGAUCUCGAUGUUGUUUAUCAUAGCUGUUACCUUUGCUGUUGUGCUUGUCGUUGUGUUCAGAGACUGAAUGCCUUUUUUAGCGUUUUUUCCCAAGUACUUUCUUAAGCUUCCUCUGAUGGCGGUGUUUGACUGAAGUGAGACCAGACCAGUCCAGACUGGGAGAGAGGUACUGGGAGAGAGGGACUAGGAGUGUCUGGUCUUCAACUGGAAAUCUUCCUCUGAACUGAAGCAAUUCCCGGCCUCCCUCUCAUCCUCCUUGACCUAGAACAUUCCAGAACAUUUCAGGGGCCAGACUGGGGUUAGGAAGGGGUCAAAAUGGGGUUGAGAUGGGGUCGCGAGGGUCAUUAACCACAGAGUCCAGUCAUUGGGAGAGCACAACGACCCUCACAGCCUCUUAACCAACUAAUGGGACCACAGCAGAAGGUGGAGUUUGCAUUUUGGAGGAAUUUGACUCCCCAUGACAUUUCCGGUCCCCCUCUCCGGUUGUCAUGGCAACAGGAAAGCGAGGAUUAGGGAAGAGAGAAACACCGGAGCGCCGCAGGAAGUAAUGUGACCUCCCACAGGAACCCAUCGGUCUAUCCCUCUCUCUCCCUCUCUUCUCUUUCUUCUCCCCCCCCCCAGGAUGUUCUUGUAUGCAAGUUCCUCUUGCCUUUUGGAGGUCUGCAAUACCGGUUGUUUUUCUGCAUCAUCAAUAACUGUAAGCAGUUUCUAGUUUUUUGAAUGGCUCUCUACUCUGUAGCUGGCCAUGGGAGUGGGGUAUACCAUGAUUUCAGGGCACUACUAGGAUGACGGGUGUUUUAAAAUGGCUGACUUGAUUUGACAGUAUUAAGAGAUUUUGUUUUCUAUGUUUGACCUUUUGACCUUUGGUCUUUGACCUCUCCUUGUGAAUACAGUGUCAGUGUGGCAUGUCAAGGGGCAGCAGCUUCGCCUCUCAAAGGAGAAAAAAAUAUUUGUUUCACAGUCUGCAUUGGACCACUAGUCUCUUUUUUUCCAGCGUUUGUACACAUUUCAAAUUGAAAUUUUAAAUAGACUUAACAAGCCGCUGUGUGUGUUGUUUUCAACUGGCAGUGAUGUAUAUUAAUAUUGUAAUACUGUACUUUUUCAAGUUUAAGAAUGACCUGAGCUUACCUGAGGGGGUGUGUGUGUGUGCCUGUGUGUGUGUGUGUGUGUGCCUGACAUAUGGAACGCCUGCUGUGGUGUAAACUCAAUCUCUGGAACACUGACAGUUGGUGGCCCUGUAACUCCUUUUACUGGAACUAUUUAUUUCUCAUAACCAUCACAGUAAAAUGAGUCUGUUUGAUAAAUACACUUGUCUUUAUUGUUGUUUUCUGGGUGAAAUGGAAGUAGAUGGUGACACUCACACCAGACAUAAAAUCAGUUGUAUAGCAUUCAAUGCUUCAUGUUUAUUUAAAACCUUGUUUAAGACAUUUUUACUUGACUCUCGGACAUAAAGAAAAUAGCAAAUCAUUAUGAGAAUACAUUUGUAUCAAUUCCUUUAUGAAAAAGAACCAAAAGCUGUUACACAUAAGCUUUUGUUCAAUAUUGAACUGGAAUUUCGUCUAUAAAAAAAACAAAAAAACAUUUACAUAACUCUUACAUUUGAGAAGGCACAGCCGGUACAAGGUAAUAAUGCAUAAAGUGUAAUACAAUACAAAACCAUAGAAAAACAUUCAGCCAGAACAAUACAACCAGGUUCACAGCCUCAAAUGAACAUAUCAAAACCACUAUACAAUGAUACAAACAUUUAUAAAGCGUUAUAACCAUACGCCAGUCUAUUGAUAAAGGGCUGACAAGGUACAAUGCAUGGAACAGCAUUCUGAAGUGGAUAAAUGUGGGACAACUUCAAGCUGGAUGAGAUGAGAUACAAACUAAACAAGUCCAAAAUAAAUCUGUUUCAACUAAGCUAAAGAAAAUGCAUCUUCAAGUCAAUGAUGAUAAUGAUAUUGACACAGUUGAAGGCUGAUCCAGUCGGUUUGCAGCAGUGUCCUGAUUUUAUCCUGAUUUUGCCUCGAGUCCUGCUAUGUCGGGGUCCAGGAUUUGAACUCGCGUGGACUGGGCCUAUUUGGUCUGGUCGGGCCUGCUUAAGCCUGUUUUGGUCCAGUUGGUGGUAGAAUCCAGUAGGGUAUGGUACUGUCUUCCAGGAGGAUCAGGACUUGUGUGGGCUGUGGGAGAGCAGCAGCGGGGAGGAGGUGUCCAGGCUGGACAGGGGGACUGGGAUGGGCCCAUUCAGCAGGGUGGGGAACUACAGACAGAUGGACAGAGGAGAAGACAGGUGAGAUCCACUGUCAGAUUAGGAAAUACCACACAAUUAUAAUAAUAAUGCCCCCCAUAUUAUACUGAGGUAAAGUGCAUUCAUCUCUAUCCCUAGUCUAGUGUUAUACAUGCGUACUACUAAUGAUGAGAACUUUCUUUAUAAAGAACUCUAGCCCAAACUCUGGAGAAGCUGAUGACUGGGUUUAAGAAUUCCCUAAAAUGGUGGCCGAGGUAUUUUAACACCCAUCCCUCCUGACGAUGGGAGGAGAGGCACUUCCUGUUGUGAGAGGGCUGAUGGGAGUGGGUGGGGCUCCUGAAUCCCCCCCCCCCCUGAGCAGGAAGCUGCCCCCCCUCGUCCACACCAGAAAGGAAACAUCUGUAGCUUAUUUUGAAACCCAUGCACACCGUGAAUCACACACAUAUACACACUUACGUACAAUCACAGUGAACCGCUCACACACACACAGAACUAAAUAGCGGCGGUGUCAUGUGACUCGGUUGUUGUUGAGAAAAUGAGGCUGUUUGGGGGAAUCUUCUGUCUUAGCUAGAGUUGCAAAAUUCUGGGAACUUUCAAUACAUUUUCUGGUUUUACAGAAGUCCUGGACAGAGGAUUACAGAUUUCCUACUUAUUCCCCCCUGGUUCCGGGAUCCUCCAAUCAGGAUUUCAACCCUAGUCGUAGCUCAAACUUCUAACUAUCCCUCCUUUGUUUACCAGUUAGAGUGGAGCCCUUUCCCUCUCGGCUCAGUACGAACAAGCAUAAAUACUCAACUGUCCUCCCCCUAACCCUUUCUGUCACCAUCCCACAACUUUCCCCUCUGUCCCUCCCUCUCUCCUCCUUAACUCCCUUCCAUCAGUCUUCACUCCAGGUGGUGUCCGGCUCCCUCACGCUUACUUUCCUUUCUCCUCUCUCUCUAUUCUCUUUCAGAGUGUGUGUGUGUCUUACCUGGAACAGGGGUCCAUGGCCCUGCAGGCGAGCGGGGCUCAGGGGUCCUACGGGACUCAGGCUGCUCCAGAAAUGGAUACUGGACAGCAGGGGACUGGGGGUGAGGAUGAGACCUGAGGGAGUCUAGAGGGAGAGAAGAAAGACUUUAUGGAGAGUGAGAGAUGUACAUUUUUCUAUGUUCUGUUGGUGUUUUUGUUGGUGAUCUGUAAAAUGAUCUAGCCGAGUAUGAACACACACAGCACAAAGGUUUCAUUUCUCCCUGUGGUUAUUCAGUCCUGCUGCACUGGCUCUGUUUGUUUUAGUAAAACACUGGAACUAGGAGGGGAGAGAGGGCUUCAUACCCUGCUUUGGGGGGACAGAGUGGGAGACGGGGGGGGAGUGAAUUCAAGGCUGACUUGGGGAACUCUUGAGGUCACAGAACUUGGAACACUAGGUUCCAGCUGAGAAGCUACAUAUGAAAUCAAUUUAUCUCCAUCUUGCCUCCCUAUCGCUCUCUCUCCCUGACUUAAUGUAUCUGUUUAUAUGGGGGGGGUUGUGUUUAUGUGGGUAAGGAAUGAUGUAUGCUAUUUUAAUGAGUUGUUUUGUAGUGGCCCAAUAAAGAGGAGUUCUAGAUUCCCUCUCUCUCUCUCCGUGGUAUUACGACAGCCCUUACCUCACGCCGGCGAUUCAAGAGCUUUAGGAACAUAUGGCUUCACUUACAGACCUCCCCACCCUCCCUUCUCUCUCUCUCCCCUCCCUUCUUUUCACUCUCUCUUCAGCUUACCUCUCUUCCUCCCUCUUCCUUACUAGUCUCGAUCCCCACCCUCUCACUCUUUUCCGCUUACCUCUUUCACUCGUUCCCUAAUUUCCUCUCUCCGUCUCUCCUCAAUAACUCUCUCUCUCCCUCCCUCCCUCUCUCCCUCUCCUCUCCCUACCCUGCCUGUUUUAUGGUAAGGACAGACAGUUCCAGAGAGACUCGGGGAUAAGUCAUGUCUUUUCCCCCAAUGUCAUUACACACACAAAUCAGCACGUACAUACAGAGGGCAAGGGUGGAGCGAGUGUAUGCGUUUGUGUGGGUGGUGCUGACCUGUGCAGUGAAGAAGGCUGGUGUUAGGGACCCUGAGGGCAGCGCAGGACUGUUGAGGGCGAUAGAGCCGAUGUCAUUGGCUGUCAGGAGCAGGGAGGGUGCGGAUAUCUCCAGGCCUUUAGGCUUCCUGGUUUUUGGUGGGACGCUAUUGGCUAAGCCCCUCUUCUCUGGCGUGGGUGUGGCCUGGCCACGGUCUCUGUGACCAGACGAUAGGUUAAGGGGCUGAGCGCUCUGCUCUGAUUCGUCAGUCUCAGGGGCGGGGCUCCGUGCCCUCCAGAGUGCGUGGGUGGGGCUGUGUGAUGGGGAGGAGGAGCAGGACGAGGAGUGGGCUAGCCUUGGGGAAGGUUUGGAUGAAUAG